CAUAAGGCAGCCUGCCCACUCAUUAUCAUGUUUUAUAUCCCCCUGCACUCACAAAGCAUCAUGGCAAAGUAGCUCCAUCCUCCCCGUCAACAGGGAAGUGAAGCAGCUUCACGGAGCAGGUGUCAGCAGCAAACUUCUGAAACACAUGAGCAGAGACGACGACAGGAACUUUAUUUUUUACUAUUUAAUUCUCACCUCCCCCUUAACCUCCCUACCCUUUCAAGCAGGCCUAUGCUGUAUUUUUAAUGUUUUCUAAAAUGGUAUCCAAGCUGACAUCCCUGCAGCAGGAGCUCCUCAGCGCCCUGCUUGACUCAGGAGUAACCAAAGAUGUCCUGAUCCAGGCCCUGGACGAUAUGGACCCGAGCCCGCCGGGAUUUGGAGUUAAACUGGAGAACCUGCCUCUUUCGCCAGAUCCGCCACAGAGCCGGAAGAUGAACGUAGCGGAUGCCGUCGACACAAAGCCCGUCUUCCACACGCUCACCAACGGCCACAGCAAGGGCAAACUGUCCGGCGACGAGGGCUCCGAGGACGGGGACGACUACGACACCCCACCGAUACUGAAGGAGCUCCAGUCGCUAAACACGGAGGAGGCCGCCGAGCAGAGGGCGGAGGUGGAGCGCAUGUUGGCUGAGGAUCCAUGGCGUGCUGCCCGCAUGAUCAAAGGUUACAUGCAGCAACACAACAUCCCCCAACGGGAGGUGGUGGACAUCACUGGGCUGAACCAGUCUCACCUCUCCCAGCACCUCAACAAAGGCACGCCCAUGAAGACACAGAAGCGAGCGGCCCUCUACACCUGGUAUGUCAGGAAACAGCGGGAAAUUCUCCGACAGUUCAACCAGGCAGUACAAGGUUCUGGCAGCAUUAUGACAGAAAAAGGCAAUCAGGAUCCGGUGUUUUUUUUCCCAGAGUUCAACCCAUCUGGUCAGGGCAUGGGUCAGCCUGGUGACGAGGUUGGCAGUGAACCGUCAAGCAAGAAAAUGCGCCGUAACCGUUUCAAAUGGGGACCUGCGUCCCAGCAAAUCCUGUACCAGGCCUACGAGAGGCAGAAAAACCCCAGCAAGGAGGAACGGGAGGCUUUGGUUGAGGAGUGCAACAGAGCUGAGUGUAUACAGAGAGGGGUGUCCCCCUCAAAAGCUCAGGGGCUUGGCUCUAACCUGGUUACAGAAGUUCGAGUCUACAACUGGUUUGCAAACCGGCGUAAAGAGGAAGCUUUCAGGCAGAAGUUAGCCAUGGAUGCCAUCACUGCGCCACCUCACUCUUUAAACCCUCUGCUGUCACACAGCUCGCCACAUCAUCCCCAGAGCAGUGCAUCACCUCCAAUGCGUUACAGCCAAGGCCCUGGUGAGGUCACCUCCUCCACCACCAUCAGUCACCACAGCAGUAACUCCGUGCACAACAGCCAGUCGGUGCUCCAGCAGGUGUCUCCAGGAGGAUUGGACCACAGCCACAGCCUGCUGUCACCUGACGCCAAGAUGAUUUCAGGAUCAGGUGGAGGACUUCCUCCAGUCAGCACAUUGACAAACAUCCACAGUUCCCAUCACAGCCAUCAGCAGACACAGAACCUCAUAAUGCCUCUUUCUGGAGUCAUGGCCAUCGCACAGAGUUUAAACACAUCACAGUCUCAGACAGUACCAGUGAUCAACAGCGUGGCGGGCAGCCUUGCAGCACUGCAGCCGGUGCAGUUUUCACAGCAGCUCCACAGCCCGCAUCAACAGAGCCUGAUGCAGCAGUCGCCCAGCCACAUGACCCAGCAACCCUUUAUGGCUACUGUCACACACUCACACAUGUAUCCUCACAAGCAAGAGCCCCCGCAAUAUUCCCACCCGUCACGUUUCCCCUCAGCCAUGGUGGUUACAGAUGCCAACAGCCUCAGUACCCUCAGCUCCAUGUCCUCCAGCAAGACAGACGCUCCUGUAAACAAGAUGGUGCAACUUGGGGGUCUCUCCUGGUGUCCUCUUCAAGCCUGGUGAGAGCAUCCACCUGAUUUCCCCGGUGCCGGGCAACCUGAGCACAUUUUUCCACCCUCUCACCGCGGUAACCAUGACAACUCUUAAUAACCGGCAGAGGCACGAGGACGGCAAUGCGUCAGUCAACAGAACUAACAGGAGGAAUGACGACGGAGGGCCAUGCUGUGAAAAAUGAGAUUGUGAGGAAGAAGAAAAACACAGAAACUCAGCUCACUGCACCUGAAAGUGAGGAGACAAGACUCAUUCUUUUUCGCACAUAAAUGAUCAACAAGGAUGUCUGAUUUUAACAGAAGCUUUGACAGCAGUAUUCAGUUUUUAAUGUCUCUUUUUAAUGAAGAGACAUUACAAAGGAACAAAAACCCAAACAUCUCACAAACAGAGAGGCUCUGGGAAUCUUAAAAGAUUGUGAUUGAAGGUGGGAAAAUGAAGACUCUCUCGAUCCAACAGAGAUGCUAAUCAGCCUGUGUGAAGGCUGAAAGACUUAAUGAAGUCGGCAACUUCAUGGUUGAAUCGCCUUGCACGCCAGCAGAACUGUCUGACAAUCACUUCUAUUGAUCCUGUGCAUCGGCCUUAAAGGAGUCUUCCAUGUUCUUCUGUCACACUCAGUUUACUGUGCCAGCAUGGGUGCAGAUUUUCAAUGUGUAUACUGUAAUUGAAAAGACUUUGACAAUCUUGAAAGGACCAUGCAUGUUUGAAAUGCUUUUUAUAACUAGAUUCUGCACACUUGAGACUGGAAAUGAAUAUGCACUAUCAGUGAAGGCACCAACUUUUAUUAUAAACUGAAGUUUCUGUUGUGAAAAGCUGCCUGUAAGAGAGAAAAAAAGACACAGAUUGAUGUGUGUAUGUUAUGCCAAAGAAUAAGAGCGUAGCUGAGUGUAGGAUUUAUUUGUAGACAUGUCUGAAAAGUCACCCUGUCGUACCCAUAAACCUGGUCUGCCCUGAGGGGGAGGACUGACUCACACACUUUAAACGUGGCCCUUCCCUUCCAUUUUGUUUGCACACAGGUUCAGGUGAAUUUCAGGAAUGGGACUCACCCUCCUUUCUCUCCCAUUUCCUGCUGCAAUAUGAAGAAAUAGCAAAAUAGUGCAAAUGUUGAUAAUAACUCCUCAUUACAAAGCCCUCCUAGAGUGUAGAAUGAAAAUAUUGACAGGUAUUCAGAAACAAAACAGCCACAUUGCUCUGGGAUUCAGUGAAGGAGAGAGACAUGAAAGAGCAAAAUGUUGUGACAGCAGCUGCUCUAAUCAAACAGGAAUCCAGAAAAGGAUGAGAAAUGUUGGGAGAGGAGCAGCUGCUGUGGGUAUGGACACCCACACUCACAGUGCCCAAGAGUAAUGAGGCAGAAUACAAAACUAAUGUUGGCCUGGAGUCGUAGAUGGGAAUCUGACCGCUGGGCCGCACAGGAAGCAAGAGACGCACAAAUGUUAGCUAUAUGCUAACUAACUAGUAGCUGAUGACAUACUGGCAUUGUGUACAUCAGGAGUAUUUUCAUGUUUAGUUUUCCUCUGAAUCCACCAGAUAUUCAAAAUUGGGAAGGUUGACUGCAAAUAGAGAAAAUGAGUAAAAAGUUUUUCUAUCUGUGAAAUCUCCAAUGUGUUAAAUAUUUACUACAAACAGCAGGUGUGUGGUUGUGCGAUCCAGCCAAAUUGUCUAAAGUGUGUAUUUGGAGGCUAUAAUGUUAAAAUUUUCUCACCUUUUCAAAAUUAAUCAUGUGAAAAUAUUUACUGUGUUGCCAGCCUUUGCUAGCUGGGUUAUCGUAAGACAAGUGAAGCCAUGUGGUGAAAUUUUAUCUAAGUUUUCCUUCAGAAUAACUGAGUUACAAAAGUUUUUUACUAAAGACAAAACAAUUUUGAACAUCAAACCCUGUGUGCUCAAAGUGUGGCGGAUCCGAGCUCCUGUUCAACAUUAGGUCAUUGUUAUUAUCAUGUCGAUUGGAUGGUGACUGUUAUACAUUGACUGCCAUCUGAUCAGAGGGCACUCAUAUUUCUGUGACAGGACAUGAUCUUUUUUGUCUCUCCUAAUGUAUUAUUUUUGUACAAAAUUGAAAUCAAUCAUAAAUCAUUAUUUAUACUUUCUGAGAAAAUAUUGAUAUUUCAAGUAAAAGGUUUUUCAAAAAUGAAUGCAUGGUUUUGUGUUAUUUUGUGUGGUUAAUAGAAUGAUAACAUGUCUGUUAUUGACAUAAAAUAGCUGUAGCACCUUAAGUCGACAGUCUUUUUGGAGGUCAUAAUAAUAAAAGGGAUACAGUCAUGUGCAUAAGUUUGUCAUGUCGGCGCCAAGGAUUCAUCACAGGCCUGAUGUGCCACAAUCCCUGCAAAUAAGCCCAAAGAUCACCAGCAGUUUUAGGGCCCUUAGGACAUCCACAGCUCGACCAUGGGCUUGUGGCAACCCUAACUAUCCACCUGGACAGUACCCUAGACCGUACUUUCUUGCCACAUCCACCCCUUAUUCUGCCAUAAAGGUGGGGGCUUUAUUUUUCAACAGAUGAUUUUCCCAUCUCCCUGGUAAAAUUUCAGGACUUCAAGAGCACAAUCUGGGUUAAGGCAAUCCUCCCUCCCACCUACGGUACCCUUGGGCAGCUUACUGGCCACAUCUACACCUU